UGUUUCCUAUUGUUUGAUGACACCAAUCUCGUUUCUUGAUACCUAUGUUUGAUUACGUUCAAAAUGGACUUUUUCACAAAUCCCAAUGUAUUUUCCAAACAAAGCAUGACGUUGUCAAGCAUGAUGAAUCCAUCGGAUUAAUGAAUUACCUUCCUGACAGUAUAAUCCUCGAAAUCUUUAAUCAUCUGAACGUACAGGACCUUGGCAUCGCCGCUGGGGUUUGCCAGCGUUGGUACAUCUUGGCUCAUGACCCUAUCCUCAGGCACGUACUGAAUGUCACAUUUGUUAGACUAACGGGACUCCAAAUUUGGCGAUUAUUCCACUUACAGGCUGCUUCAUGUGUACGGGAGGUCCAUCUGCUGGGGCAAUUUACAUGCAGUGGCUACCACCAUGGAAACUGCGUCACAGCGGGCCACAGCAUUUCUCCGUCCUUGACCUCCUUCACAUUACCUGAGCUCAGUGUACGGUGUCCCAAUCUCCAUUCCCUCUUCUUGUCUGACAUGUGUCUCGCCUUCAACACCAACGGCUCAGUCGUCACCCUCAAUGAUUUUCCUCCCUCGUUGCGUCGUCUGGGGAUCCGGAGCUCUCUCCUUCACAUACAGAAAUUCUUCACAGAUGAUCCUGAACAGGUUCUUCCAGACCUAGUGUACCUCGACGUGGGUCUCUGCAAUUUGAUGAACACCAAUGCUCUGGAACGUCUUUCGUCAUGGGGCUCCUCUCUCCAUGCUCUGGGGCUGGAACGGUGCACGCGGAUCGGGGACGAUUCUCUGGAACGUGUCCCAGAGCUCCUCCAGUCCCUCGUGGUCCUCGACCUAGAAGGAACGGGAGUAUCGGAAGAAGGUUUCGGAAGGCUGCUUCGAACGGCUACUAACCUACAACAGCUGUAUGUAGGACAGUCAAAGUUUGCCGGCCAAUCGCUGCAUCUCAUGAAACUGGGAAGCUUGCCGAAAUUGCGCAGAAUUUGUUUGCGCGACACUGAGGUGAAUGCAGACACCAUUCUUCGUUUGGUCAAAGUUGCCCAGAAUUUGGAAGUGAUAUACCUUUCAACAGGCGCACUUGUAGAGGGUUGUGCUCCUAAUGCAUGUUUCUCGUCGUGCAAGAUUGUCGUGUCAGGAGUAUUGGAGACAAAGACUUGUGGGCAUUUUCUGAGCAGCGGCGUCAGGCAGGUCGGACUGUCGUCAGAACGGAGGAAGAGAUCUGAAGGCCGACUAGAAUCUAAAGAUGAGCAAGCUGUCGUGCAGCUUGUUAGCAGUUAUUAGGUUAGCACCACUAUGACUUGCAUGUUUUUUUUUUUGUGGACCUCAGUGAAGACAGCUGAUAGCCUUCCCGCAAAUAGUAAUAGUACAAUAAUGGAUACAGUAAAUUAUUUCCUCGUGCGAGUAGCCACACCUACAUUGGAUUCAAUGUAUUGCAUGUAUUAAACGCUGUGCCACCCACGUAAAAUGGUCACAGUGAGCAAUGAAAACAA